CGGCCGGGCGUGGACAAGGCGCGGGGGAGGCGAAGCGAGGUGGGGAGCGGCGGGAGCGGCCGGGAAGAUGCUGGAGGCGGCGGCUGCCGAGCCGGAGCUGGAUCCUGAGGACCUGGUGCAUUUCUCGGUGGGCGAUUUGCCCAGCCGCGGUUACGGCGUGAUGGGCGAGAUCCGGCGGCAGGGCAAGCUCUGCGACGUGACCCUCAAGGUUGGGGACCAUAAAUUCAGCGCUCACCGGAUCGUGCUGGCAGCUUCUAUCCCGUACUUCCACGCCAUGUUCACCAACGACAUGAUGGAGUGCAAGCAGGAUGAGAUUGUCAUGCAGGGGAUGGAUCCCAGUGCACUUGAGGCUCUGAUCAACUUUGCCUACAACGGUCACCUGGCCAUAGAUCAGCAGAACGUCCAGUCUCUGCUGAUGGGGGCAAGUUUCCUUCAGCUGCAGAACAUCAAAGAUGCUUGCUGCACUUUCCUCAGAGAGAGACUUCACCCGAAGAACUGUCUGGGAGUGCGGCAGUUUGCAGAGACGAUGAUGUGCGCGGUGCUCUACGACGCUGCCAACAGCUUCAUUCAUCAGCACUUCGUGGAGGUAUCCAUGUCCGAGGAGUUCCUGGCGCUGCCUUUCGAAGAUGUCCUGGAGCUCGUUUCCAGGGAUGAGCUCAACGUGAAGUCCGAAGAGCAGGUGUUUGAAGCUGCGUUAGCCUGGAUACGGUAUGACCGAGACCAGCGAGAGUCAUUCCUGCCCGAGCUCCUGUCCAAAAUCCGCCUACCCCUCUGUCGACCUCAGUUUCUCACUGACCGCGUGCAGCAAGACGACCUGGUCCGUUGCUGCCACAAAUGCAGGGAUCUAGUUGAUGAGGCAAAAGACUAUCACCUCAUGCCAGAGCGCCGGCCGCACCUCCCAGCGUUCAAGACCCGUCCUCGGUGCUGUACCUCCAUCGCGGGAUUGAUUUACGCUGUUGGAGGACUUAACUCAGCAGCGAAUUUUUAUGCAGGUGACUCGCUGAACGUGGUGGAAGUCUUUGACCCCAUUGCCAACCGCUGGGAGAAGUGCCAGCCGAUGACGACGGCCCGGAGCCGAGUCGGGGUAGCGGUGGUGAACGGAUUGCUCUACGCCAUCGGCGGCUACGACGGCCAGCUGAGGCUGAGCACCGUGGAGGUUUACAACCCGGAGAUGGAUUCCUGGUCCAAAGUGGAAAGUAUGAACAGCAAGCGAAGCGCCAUGGGAACGGUGGUCCUGGAUGGCCAGAUCUACGUCUGCGGCGGAUACGAUGGAAACUCAUCCCUCAACUCCGUGGAGUCCUAUUCUCCGGAAACAAACAAGUGGACAGUGGUGACCCCCAUGAGCUCCAACCGCAGCGCCGCCGGAGUCACCGUCUUCGAGGGCCGGAUCUACGUGUCGGGAGGACACGACGGCCUCCAGAUCUUCAACAGCGUGGAGUACUACAACCAUCACACGGCUACCUGGCACCCGGUGGCCAGCAUGCUCAACAAGCGCUGCCGCCACGGAGCCGCCUCCCUGGGCAGCAAGAUGUUCGUCUGCGGAGGUUACGACGGCUCGGGCUUCCUCAGCAUCGCCGAAGUCUACAGCUCCAUGGCGGAUCAGUGGUACCUCAUCGUCCCCAUGAACACCCGCAGGAGCCGCGUCUCCCUGGUUGCGAACUGUGGCCGUCUCUACGCCGUGGGGGGUUACGACGGACAGUCCAACCUCAGCUCGGUCGAAAUGUACGACCCGGAGACAAACCGUUGGACGUUCAUGGCCCCCAUGGUGUGCCACGAGGGAGGGGUUGGCGUGGGCUGCAUCCCCCUCCUGACCAUCUGAGAAGAAAGUGGGUUGGUUUGUUGGUGGUUUUUUGGUUUUUUGGGGGGUUUUUUUUGGGGGGGUGGGGGUUGGGGGGGGGUGUCAUUUUCUCAACGACAAUCCGAGGAGAGCUUCAGAGCUGCGAUAGCCGCAGAGUUGCGUUUCCAGGUGCUCAAGUGUCAUUCGCAAACCCACCCACCCGCAAAAAAAAAACUUGACAAAACACCCCCCCACCCUUGGCUUUUUUGGGUUGGGUUUGGUUUUUUGGGCGUUUUUUGGGUUUUUUUUUUUUGGGGGGCGGGGCAGGGGCUGAGGCUCCCGAAAGAUCAAACGUGUUGAAAAUACGGCGCCUCCACGUGCUGGUGCGAGCAAAGACCUGCCCCGCUGUGUCCCCCCCCCCGGCCCCGGGCCGCCCCGUAGCCUGUGCCGGGAGCUGUGGCUGAGCCCAUCCUUCCUCUCGCCGUCGGUUUUUCCGAACGGCCCUUUGGGAAGGGCCGUUGUAGGCUCCGUUGCGACAGAAAAACGGCCGCUUGAAUGACUUUGGAAAUACGUUCCCCGCCUUCUGUCGGCAGCGAAGCGACCCCAGGACCCCGCGGGUUCCGUCAGCGGCGACGUUCGGGCGGCGCGGUGGGCACGAACGCGUCUCACCCGGUUUAUCGAUACGAAAAAAUACGAACCGACGUCCCUUCCUGGCCCCCCCCGCUCUCCCCCGUCCAGGUUUCGCGUUGGAAGGUUGCUUCUUACCCAAGCCGUCGCCGGUUUCUGGGAGCGGAGCUGGGCUUUCCUCAGCCCGAUGGGGGAAACUUCUCCGCAAGAGCCGCAGGACGGAGAAAAGGAGGAAGGGGAAAAUGGGGCGGUUAAACCAUCGCGUGGUUUUUUGGUGAGCUGGGAAGGAGGAGGGAGAGAAAGGCCGGAGCGUAAACGACACUAAAGCAACAGUCGGAGGGUUUCAAAACGGGGACGGAGGCCAAGGGGUUCAUUGUAAAGACGUCCCUUUAAAUUAAAAGAUUUGAUAUAUUUUUCAAAGUCGACGUCGAAGAGGCGGCUGGGGCGGAGCUGGGGCUAAGAAAUAGGUGUCGGAUUUGCCGACCCGGGCUGGGACGGUGUCGGGGAGAGGGAUGGACGCCCCAGCGAGGGCCGGGGGGAGGGGGGGGGGCGGCUUCGGGCAGCGCCGGGAGAGCGAUGCCGCGGCGCGGGGGACGCAGGGGUGAGCGUCUCCCAAAGGACCCGGCGGGGGGGGUGGGUGGAAAAAACCCGCCCGUUGGAUCCCACGCCUUUUGGUGUUUCCUGGUUUGCUGCCCUGGGAAAAAUCCGGGGCGGGGGGGCGGGUUUUGUGCCCAAAAAAAAAAAAAAACCCAAACGUUGCGUGAGCGGAGCGAAGCGGCUCCUUCCGUCGCAUGGAUGCGAACCUCCAUCCCUCCGGGACUCUCUCCCACCCCCUUCCAAAGCCAUACCUCUUUGCGGGGGGGGGGGGGGGGGGGGGGGCAGGCAGGGACAACGUGACACUAAUCCCUUGUCCUGCCCCAUUCCCGGUGUUCCGGGGGUGGGGGGUGCUCAGAACCUGCCCCUCCUGGCCCCCACCUCCCGCCGAGCCGGGGGGAGCUGGAUGCUCACCCUGAUCCCUAAAUCCAGCCCUUUCCCUCCCCCCCCCCUUCCAUGCUUGUUCAUCCCUGAUUCCCAGCAUCGCUCGGGAUUUUAACUUUGGGUGUAUAUGUGGAUGUCGAUAUAUUCAGGU